AUGAGCCAUCUAAAGAAAAUGUAUGUGUUAAAGCGUGAAAGAGAAGAGGCCAUGUUUAGCUCUCCGAAGACACCUUCAAAGAAGAUUCCAUACAAGGAUAUGGUUGUGCCGUCGAUGCCUUUUGCAACGGACGCUAGGGAUUCCUCUCUAAUUAAUGAAGAUCCUGCCUCCAGUGAUGUAUUUGCGUGCACAGACAAGGAUCCGAUUCUCUGCGGAGACCGGAGCAAGAUGUGUGACUUUGUUUGCAAGACCGGGGAGGGGGCAUUCUACGAGGUGUUUGUGAAUAGAAAGGGCGUUGUGGGGGAAACAGGUAGUGUUCCAGAAGAGCCUGUGGCUCUUUACAAGAGCAGGGAGCUUUGUGCCUACGACGUUGACUACACAGUUGUCAAGAAAAGCAAGAAAAGGAUUUCUGGGGAGCUUGAUAGAAAGAGCAGGAUAAGGGAGAUUGAGAUGCUGAAAAAGAUAGACUCCGAGUAUGUGGUCAAGUACUAUGACUUUUGGGAAAGCAGAGGAUAUUUGUUUAUAGAGCUGGAGUAUUGCAACAUCGGAACUCUGAGAGACUAUAUCCACGAGGUGUACUUCCUCAAGAAGUCGAAGUUUUCUCCUGAGAUAACAAGGAAGAUGAUGUACGAGCUGGCGAGUGGGCUGGAGGCGAUACACUCAUGCAAUAUUGUCCACCUUGACCUGAAGCCUGAAAACAUUCUCAUGAAGAGCAUCAUUUCCAGGGAGAAGUGUCCUGGCAGAUGCCAGUGCAUGUUUCCAACGGAUCCUGGAUCGUUUGUGUUCAAGAUCUCUGACUUCAACAUAAGUAGAUACGAGGGUGAGGAUAUAGAUGACGAUGGCGACAAGCGGUAUAUGGCGCCUGAGGUGCUGCAGGACAUCUGCACAAAGGCCAGUGACAUCUACAGUCUCGGGCUGAUCUACUUAGAGGUCAUUGCGGAGAUUAUUCUCCCGAAGAGCGGGGACAGCUGGAUGCGGCUUCGGAGGAACGACUUCCGGGGAGUCAAGCUUGACCGGGUGUGUAAGCUGAUGCUGGACAUGAAUUAUAGAAGAAGGCUUAGCGCCAGGGAGAUUGUUAAUAUGUUUACCUAG